AUGAGAUCGGGUGGAGGAGGAGUAGAAUAUAAAUCCGCCGAUUUGGGAAUGUCUACGAGUUAUGCUGCAAUGUCUGCUUCUUUAACCUCAAUUCCUAUUCAGUCCUCCAACCUUGGUUUUAAGUUGUUGAAAAAACUUGGCUGGAGAGAAGGAACUGGACUUGGCAUUGCUGAACAGGGUAGAUUAGAACCUGUGCCAGCUUAUAUCAAGAAAAAUAAGAGAGGCUUGGGAGCAAAGAAGUCAAAGAAGGCAGCAGAGCACCUUAAAAGUUCUGGGCUUUUCUUGGGGCGGAAGAUUGUAAAAGAUGGGGAGAAAGAAAAAGCGUCUGAUGUACAGAAGACAAAGGGAAUCUCUAAAAAGAUGAAGAAAGUACUAGAGUUUGAGAAUCGCAUGCAAGAGAAAGAAUUUGAGCGAGUUUUUUUUAGGGAAUUCUGGCCAGAUAAUGCUUAG